AUGUUGCCCUUGUCUCUCGCCCUUGUGGCCCUUUUCUGGUCUCAAGGACUGUGCGAUGAACUCAAGAAGAACCAGGUCUGUGUCGACGCCGUUUUCGAGGCCUUCGGCGACCUCAAUUUUGAAGGCGUAGGCUACGGCGAGUACUAUGUGUCUAUCUGCAACAACUCUCUAAAAGCAAAUUCAAUCUAUGCGACGGCAAAGACGUAUUGCAAACCGGAAGAUAUCAAGCCUGGCUUCGCUAUGCUUUCAGAGUAUUGCGAGAACUAUGGCGAAGUCGAGCUAUUGCCCAUGUCCGACUUCGCCGACACUUUGACGGAGAGCUACAUCAGUAGUAUGCGGGUGAUAGAUUAUGGAGAAGUAGCGGAGACAGACAACAUCACAACGACGGUGCUGCUAUCUCGCUCAUACUUCCUGGUGUCAUAUCGGACAAUUACUAUCUGGGACUUCGAAAUGUGGUCUCAUCACACAUAUGGAUUCGCAUUAUAUGGGUUCUGGGGUAGUGUAUUGCUGCUUGCCAUGAUCAACCGGUUCAUCAACUUCGUCUUCCAUAAACGACAAAGUCGAGUCGGCACAGACCCAGAACACAAUGCUCCUUUACCGAAUGCUUCGUCAAACAAGCUCCUCGUUCCUGUGUACGCCGUCCGGCACUGGAUUCGAGCAAAUAUCAUUGUUCCUGCUGCCUUUGGAUCCCACCAUCAACGCCUUUACUACUGGUUCACCGUUCCGACACGCCUGGAGGCAAUCAUAGUAUUUUCGUAUUGGGCUAUCAGCAUCAUUUUCUCAGGCAUCAAUUACCGCACUUUUAUUGGAAACCUCUACUGGAACAACAUCUCGCCACAGGUAUGGCGUUAUGUCGCUGACCGUACCGGCAUCUUGUCCUAUGCCAAUCUCUCUCUCAUCUGGAUGUUUUCCGGCCGCAAUAACAUAUUCAUAUGGGCGACGGGAUGGAACUUCUCUACUUUCAACAUCUUUCAUCGUCACGUUGCUCGGAUCGCUACCUUGCAGGCCAUCGUGCAUUCCAUUGCGUGGACAGUAAUAUACGUGGACGACGGUUACUAUAAAGAAGAGUUUGCUGAAGUUUGGUUCCUUAUGGGGGUAGUGGCUACUGUCCUGAUGAGCUGUCUGCUUCUGUUCUCAUCGGUGUGGCUUCGAAAGAAGUUCUAUGAGGUCUUCUUGCUGAUCCAUAUUGCGUUCUCGAUCGUGGUCCUUGUUGCCCUCUUCUAUCAUACCACCAUUUUCGAUGGAGAAUAUAACCCUUACCUCUGGCCUCCGGUUGCUAUCUGGGCCUUUGACCGAUUCCUUCGCGUUGUCCGCCUCGUAGCCUGCAACAUUAGCCUAAGAUUCGGCGGAAAGAAACUGCAGCACACCAAAACUAUUGCAACUUAUAGCAAGGAAACAAACGCUAUUAGACUUGAGAUCGUCCCCGGGUCUGCAUUCCUCAAACCGAAUCCAGGGGCCCACUACUUUGUUUAUCAACCUUUAAGUUGGAAGGGGUAUGAGAAUCACCCGUUUACAAUGGGUGCCUGGACUUCCGCAUCCGAAAAUGAUGCCUCUGCACCAACACACUCAACUUCAUCGAAUAAGAUAGAGAGCGAGAUCGUAGUCUCCACCUCAGCCGUCUCAUCUGGCUCAGCUUCAGCUUCCAGCAAUCAGGACCAUCCUACGACAUUAACCCCCGGCGACAUUAGCCUCAUUUUUUGGAUUAGACCGUUCAACGGCUGGACUCGCCGCAUGCGCAACGAGUGCCUCAAAGCCACGGACGGCGUCGUCACCCGCUCCAACAUCCUCAUCGAAGGUCCAUACGGCGAGCGCGCACCUAUGCACAACUACGAGACCGUCCUGCUUAUCGCCGGCGGAACUGGCAUCGCCGCAGCCGUGCCCUACAUCCAAGACCACAUCCGUCGCUCCUCACCCCGCCAAAUAGACGGCCAGCUCACCUUCUCCACCCGCACUCGUCGCGUCGAGCUCAUCUGGACAUGUCGACAGGCGGGGCUCAUCAACAACAUCGCCAACCGGGAGCUUGCGCCCGCGCUUGCCCGCGACGACGUCCACGCUUCGCUCUUCUGUACGCGGGAUAGUGGCGCCACGACGCUUUCGAGCUCGGCGGUGUCGGAGAUUAGCCCCGUGGAAGACAAGGAGUUUUCUGUGACUUCGCCGCGCGAGUGCGAUGUCAAGAUCGAGCAUGGGCGGCCGGAUGUCAGGGGGGCUAUUCUGCAGACUGCGCGCAGUAUCAGCGCUGAGGGCUCGAAGGCUGGGAAGAUUGCGAUACUGGUUUGCGGUCCGGCGGGGAUGGCGGAUGAGGCUAGGGCAGCCGUGCACACUGCUAUGAAGGAGGGGUGUCGGUCUGUUGAGUAUAUCGAGGAGGCUUUUGGGUGGUAG